UUUGAGCCCCACGAAAAACAACUUUUUAUUAAACGUCCCAACAGCUUUUAAACCAGAAGAAAAACACUCUUUAUAUGUAACGGAACUUAUCACUGCAUUGGGGUUUUAACAUUUUUAGAACAUUUUUGAACUGUUAUGAGGCGAGAAUGAAUAAUUCGGAGGACAGCGGAAGCAAGUGCUCGCCUGCCCCCAUUUCAAGCUUCACAAUCCAAUCCAUUCUGGGCACUUCUAACGAGGGAGUGCGGUCAGCUGCAAAAGGAAGCCCAAAAGCCCAGCCGAGGAAGCGGACGUUGUCCGUGUCAUCAGAGGACGACUGCAGCGCUGGAGAGGACUCGGGCGACUGCUACUGCUCUGAGCCCGGUGUACCGGAGUCAUGCAAUCCGCACCAGCCUCUGAAUUUCUGCCUAGGGGCCACUAAGGGACUUCUACCUGUGCAGGAUGGGAUAGACCGCCGGCCACAUUUGACACCAUCCAUACUACCGGAUUACAAAGAGGAGCAAGAGCGAGCAUGUAGCCAAAUGUCUCCCGUUUCUGAAGAGAGACAACGAGAAGGCCCGGACAAACAGAGCAACUCCGCAAAGAAAAAGACGCGCACCGUUUUCUCUCGGAGUCAGGUUUAUCAACUCGAGUCCACAUUUGAUAUGAAACGCUAUUUGAGCAGCUCUGAAAGAGCCUGUCUCGCCUCCAGCCUGCAGUUAACGGAGACACAAGUGAAAACGUGGUUUCAGAACCGGCGAAACAAAUGGAAACGGCAGCUCUCUGCUGAACUGGAAGCUGCGAACAUGGCGCACGCUUCAGCGCAGACUUUGGUUGGGAUGCCACUCGUUUUUAGAGAAAAUUCGUUGCUCCGGGUGCCGGUUCCGAGGUCCAUUGCUUUUCCAACUCCCCUGUAUUACCCGGGAAGUAAUUUACCGGCGUUACCAUUAUACAAUCUUUACAAUAAGGUUGAAUAUUAACUUUUACGCACAACACAAAUCCCCCAAAAAGGAUGCCACAAUUUAUUACAUACACUUAAACAUACACACACUCAUUUAAGUAUGUUCGACAAAUUUCAUGUCUAUUUAUACCUCUUUAUUUGGUGAAAAAGAUAUUUCUUAUUAUGCAGCGAUUAAACGAGUCUAUGUGUAAAACACGAAAGCAACGCGUUUCUGUACAUGUCCUAUAAAAUACACCAUGUGUAUAUGAAUUAUUUUGUACUUUUAUUUACUUUUCUGUCCUUGGAUCUACCAGUUUUACACAUUUUGAGGAGUGAAAAGAUUAAAAGAAAUGUGUAAUCAUUCCAUCCCUGUCUCACACUGAAAUAGAUGUGGACACAAUAUGUCAUUAUUAAUAACAAUCAUAAUAACAAUUACAGCCAUUUUAUGUUUUUUUAUUAUUAUUAAUUUUAGAUAAAUACAGCAUUAACGAAAUUUAAAUAGCAAAACAUUUGAUGCAAAUGUUGAAGUGAUGCUUGUUUUUUACAUUUAGAUCGGAGAUGUAUCUUUCAUUAGCCUACAUGCAUGAAGUGAUUUCAUAUCUAGAUAUGACCAUGUGCUGCUCUUUUGCUCAUAAAUGUCACUCGCUCAAGACAAGCAUCACGUUUGUGUUACAAUCACACUGGGUCAUGACAAGUGUCCUCAGUUUAUGCUUUUGCAAUUAGGGAUAAUUACAUGUUUCUUGUCACACGAACACGUAUUGAAACACACUCGGAGACAAGCGGAACGUCAAAAGCUCAGCGGGGCCUCAGAGAAGCCGCAGUCCAGAAUGACAGUGCUCGCGGUGCAAUCUGAUAAGACUCGACCGCUGUCAAAUUACAAAGGGUGUAGUGGUGUCAUGUUGCUCUGAUUCCAUGUACUUUGUACAGGCAACAGAGAAAGUUCAUUAUCAACACACACACACACACACACACACGAGUUUCCGAUAUGUCCAGAUACAAAAAAAAAGAUGAUAACACAACAGUUUGAAUGUCACCCCUUAAAAUAUGUUAAUUUAUUGUAAACAUUGCGUAUUGUAACAUGCGGUUUAUAUUUUUCCCAUGUGUAGGCUAUACUAGGCCACAAAUACUGUUUAUUUUACGUUAACAGUUGGCGGAUAUGUUAUUAAUGAUGAUGAAAAGUUGAAAUUAAAAAGAUAGAUUUUAGCAUUAGAUUUUUAAUAAAAUUUUAAUGACAUUUAAUGCAUAUAUAUCGACAAAUGGUCAUCACAACAUAUAUGGUUCAAACUGGACCAAAUACUAAACCUAUUGGACAAAAUUAUUAUAAAGAGCAAACUACAG